AUGAAGUCAUAUCUGGAUCUAGUCAACGAGUGUGAUAGGUUCCCUUACUACCAAGAUGACCCCAUUUACUACAAGCAAUACGUCUCCAACUAUUACUCUUUCAAAAUAUCAGGAUGUAUUGCACGACUUGGAUAUAUUCCUAAAGCUGUCGUGCAAAUAUUCCCUUGGCCAGCAGGUAUCUGGGAAAUAAAUGACGAGUUGCGAACUGUCACGCUCCUCGCUUCUGACACCGCAACAGUACAACAGCGCGAUGAACUCCUUUCUCGUACUUUAGUUGCUGCAGCGGAAAAGGAUGUGUUUGAAGUCCUGCGUGGCUGGCGUAACGAGCUGUAUCCGAUAUAUGGACCGGGCAAGAAAUUGCUGGCUAGCAUUGAACGUUCUGGAAGCAAUCUGUUUGGUAUCAUGACUUAUGGUGUACAUAUGACGGUCUAUGUUAAAGAUGAAACUGGACUGAAAAUUUGGGUUGCUCGACGGGCAAAAACAAAACAAACCUAUCCUGGGAUGUUAGACAACACUGUUGGGGGUGGAAUCAGCACCGGCGAGGAGCCAUUCGAAAGUUUAGUCCGCGAGGCCAUAGAGGAAGCUUCUCUGCCCGAAGAUCUGGUCAGGGCAAACGCGCAGUCGGUUGGUUGCGUUACAUACACGUAUAUUCGAGAUUCACGAGCAGGAGGUGAGACUGGACUUUUGCAGCCUGAGUGUGAAUAUGUCUACGAUCUCCAGGUUGAGCCACAUGUGAUUCCAAAACCGUGCGAUACGGAAGUUGAAGGCUUUUUCUUGUGGAGUAUUGACCAAGUAAAGUCUGCGCUAGCCAAUGGAGAAUUCAAGCCGAAUUGCGCAGUUGUGAUAAUAGACUUUUUUAUUCGGCAUAACAUCAUAACUCCAGAAAAUGAGAAGGACUAUUUGGAAAUCCAGGCGAGAAUCCAUCGCCGCCACGAAGUUCCCACGACUUAG